AUGUGGCGCGACCGCACCAAUCUCUACAUUUCAUAUCGCCAGUCAUACGCGCACCACCCGGCCAAGAAAACAAAGUACUCGGGCCCCAGCGGCAAUGGCUUCUCAGACUUUGGUCGCGGCAGCGCUGCGGCCUCCGAGGACCAGCAGGGCCUCUUGUCGGGCGCCGACUACGAUGAUGGCGAUGCUGUGAUUGAAAUGGACUUGCUGCCUCCGCGAUGGGCCGACAUCUCCGACGAAGUGACAGACCUCUUGGCCGAGAUCGCGAAAAAGUCGCAAACGCUAGAAAGAUUACACCAGAAGCAUGUUUUGCCAGGUUUCAACGACGAGGAGGCAAAAAAGGCCGAGGAAGACGAAAUCGAGCGCCUGACGCAAACCAUUACCCGAAGCUUUCACGACUGUCACCGAUGUAUACAACGGGUGGAGCAGAUGGUCAAGGAGGGCAAUAUGACCAGGGCCGAGGAGACUAUGGCCAAGAAUAUCCAAGUCAGCCUGGCAACCCGGGUCCAGGAAGCAAGCGCAGGGUUCAGGAAGAAGCAAAGCGCAUAUCUGAAGAAACUACGUGGCAUGUCCGGGCUAGGAACCGCUUCUCCCGGCGAAAGGUCUUCGACUCCAUUGGCAUCCAACUAUGCCGCAGACCCGUCAUUACUCGAAUCAGAUGCCGAUAGAUCAUAUUCACAAUCCGCCUUGCAGGCAACCACCCACCAAAAGAUGCUCAAGAGCAACGACGCAGUUAUAGCUCAGCGCGAAAAGGAAAUCGAGGACAUUGCUCAGGGUAUCAUUGAGCUGUCGGAUUUAUUCCGAGAUUUGCAAAACAUGGUCAUUGACCAGGGAACAAUGCUUGAUCGGAUAGACUAUAAUGUUGAGCGUAUGAACACGGAUCUAAAGGGGGCCGAAAAGGAACUUGUCGUGGCGUCCGGUUAUCAAAAGAAGACGACCAAACGGAAAAUCAUACUAUUACUGGUACUGAUCAUCGUAGGCAUGAUCAUCGUACUGGUGAUCAAGCCCAAGAAGAGUAGCUAUGCCGCUCCUCCAGAACCAGUCGAGCCUUCUCUUGGAGAGGUCGAGGGUGACGGCACAAUAUAG